AUGUUCAAUUAUAAACCUCUCACGUCGGAGCUUGCAAAAGCCGUGCAAGUACCAGCCAAUGGUUUGUUGGUCGAGGUGCAUUUGAGCGAUUCGUCAGGCCUUCCGAGAGGUACAGCAGAAAACCAAAGGCCAGUGGCAUACUGCGUGUUGAAUGAAAAUUACAAAACCUCAGCCGAAAGGAUACACAAUCUAACUGUUUAUGAAGAUGACUUGUGGAUAGUGACGGCACCGAAGUGCGGCACAACCUGGACCCAGGAGAUGAUGUGGUUACUAGACAAUAACCUGAACUAUCAGAAGGCGUCUGAAAUCAACCUUAUCUACAGGUCAAUUUUUCUAGAAUUUUCUACGUUAGUGCAACAAAUCUCGCAAGACACGAUCACGCAGGUAGAGCAGAUGCAUCGUCCGCGACACAUUAAAACACAUCUUCCGAUGGCUCUACUUCCGGCACAACUUUGGACCGUGCGACCACGGAUCGUUUAUUGCGCACGAAAUCCAAAGGACAUGGUAACGAGUUUCUACCAUCACUAUCGACACAUUCAUGGAUAUACCGGUACCAAAGAAACGUUCCUUGAAGCAAUUCUCGAAGAUCUAGUGAUGUUUCAACCACAAAUACCUCAUACACUGGAUUUUUGGAAUAUAAGACACGAACAAAACAUCCUUUUCAUACAUUUUGAGGAGAUGAAACGGGAUAUGCCUGCAGUGCUUGCACGAGCUUCUAAAUUUCUAGACAAAUCGUACAGUAAAGAGCAACUCAAACGACUAGAAGAACAUCUAUCGUUCGACGUUAUGAAAAAUAACGAGUCAGCCAACAACUCUAUCCUUUUGACGAUGAUGAAAUCUAUAACCGCAACUAAUGUAGAAGAUGAGUUUCAGUUUAUGAGAAAGGGACAAAUAGGAUCCCAUCGGCAGGAACUUCCAAACGAAUAUAUCGAGAGACUGUCUGCAUACACCCAAAAAUACUUAGAAGGUUCAAAUUUCAAAUUUAUCGAAUAGAUUAAAGAAUAAUGUACAAAACUUUUAAAU